AUGCGAGGAUGUCUGCAGUUAGGCCGAUGGCUGAGCGCAGCGCCGAGAUGCCAGGCCGCGAGCCUCCGACCACCAACUGUCUUUUCUUCGUAUAGGUACGAAAGGGGUUUCUCUACUACCACACUUUACUAUGCACGUCCAAAAAACACGCACUUAAAACUGGACGUAAACCUCGAGAAGAGAAUUGCUGCGAUCCCAAUUGAACGUUUUCGCAAUUUCUGCAUCGUUGCACACGUUGACCACGGCAAGAGCACGCUUUCCGACCGAUUACUCGAAUUGACGGGCACAAUUCAACCGGGCACGAACAAGCAAGUUUUGGACAAACUUGAUGUCGAGCGAGAACGAGGAAUUACGGUCAAAGCACAGACAUGUACCAUGAUUUACAACCAUAAAGGCGAGGAUUAUUUGUUACAUUUGGUCGAUACACCUGGCCAUGUGGACUUCCGUGCUGAGGUGUCGCGAAGUUAUGCCAGUUGCGGUGGAGCAAUCCUUCUGGUUGAUGCCAGCCAGGGUGUUCAGGCGCAGACAGUUGCCAAUUUCUACUUGGCCUUUGCGCAAGGCCUCGAGUUGAUUCCCAUUCUCAACAAGGUUGAUCUCCCCUCGUCGGACCCAGAGCGGGCUCUGGAGCAGAUAAGAAACACAUUCGAGAUUGAUACAGAAAACGCGGUGAUGGUCUCGGCAAAGACUGGAUUGAAUGUUCCAGCUGUGCUACCGACGGUGGUGGAGAAGAUCCCUGCACCUAUCGGCGAUUCCACUAAACCACUUCGUAUGCUCCUCGUGGAUUCCUGGUACGACUCUUACAAGGGCGUGAUCCUGUUGGUCCGUGUUUUCGACGGUGAGGUGCGUGCAGGCCAGCAACUUAUAUCAUUCGUUACCGGUCUCAAAUACUUCGUCGGUGAAGUCGGCAUCAUGUAUCCGACCGAGACCGCGCAAAGUUCUCUCCGUGCAGGUCAGGUUGGGUACAUCUACUUCAACCCGGGCAUGAAGCGGAGUAAGGAGGCCAAGAUUGGCGAUACCUUCACCAAAGUUGGGUUUGAAAAGAUCGUCGAGCCUUUGCCUGGAUUCGAAGAGCCCAAAUCAAUGGUCUUUGUGGCUGUCUACCCAGUGAAUGCAGAUCUCUUCGAGCACCUGGAGGACAGCAUCAACCAGCUGGUCUUGAACGAUCGAAGCAUUACAGUACAGAAAGAGUCUUCCGAGGCUUUAGGCGCCGGUUUCCGUAUGGGCUUUUUGGGAACUCUUCACUGCUCCGUGUUUGAAGACCGCCUACGACAGGAGCACGGCGCCAGCAUCAUCAUUACUCCGCCCUCCGUCCCAGUCAAGGUCGUGUGGAAAGAUGGCACCGAAGAAAUCGUCACCAAUCCUGCUAAAUUCCCCGAUGAUGAUAGUGUACGACUCAAAGUUGCCGAGGUUCAAGAGCCGUAUGUUUUGGCCACUCUGACAUUCCCAGAAGAAUAUUUGGGAAAGGUGAUUGAGCUUUGCGAGGCCAAUCGUGGCGAGCAAAUAAGCAUUGAAUAUUUCACAGCGACUCAGGUCAUCAUGAAGUACGAGUUGCCUCUCGCCCAUUUGGUUGACGAUUUCUUUGGAAAAUUGAAAGGAGGUACCAAAGGCUAUGCCAGUUUGGACUACGAAGAAUCUGCAUGGCGAGCCGGCAACAUUGUCAGGCUACAACUCUUGGUCAACAAAGAGCCAGUGGAUGCUGUAACGCGGAUUAUGCACUCGACCCAGGUAAACCGACAAGGCAGAAUCUGGGUCACCAAGUUCAAGGAGCAUGUUGACCGACAGCUUUUCGAGAUCAUCAUCCAGGCUGCUGUUGGUAAGAAAAUCAUUGCUCGUGAGACUAUCAAGCCUUACCGAAAGGAUGUCCUGGCAAAAUUGCAUGCUAGUGAUCCUCCAGAGGGUGCGCAGGUAGACCUGGGCAAGGCCCAGGUUAUUGACAGCGUUCCCAAAGUCAUCAAGGAAUUGAAAUUUGGUGUCCUAACCAACGAUGACAUUGUCGGCCAAGCAGUAGUGGAAGUUUCCGACCGAAAGUUUUUCGACUUGGAUCAGACCCGAACGGUUGUUGCGAAUGGACCUCUCGAUCAGCGUAUGGGUAUCUCGAACAAAACCGACUCUUGCGCAACAUGUGGAAAUAAUCUCAAAGACUGCAACGGUCAUUUCGGACAUGUGAGACUGGUCCUACCCGCUUUCCACGUCGGUUACUUCAAGCGCGUCAUUUCCAUCCUUCAAGAAAUUUGCAAAGAAUGUUCGAACAUUUUGCUUCCCGAGGCGGAGCGCCGUUCCUUCCUUCGCGAAAUGCGCCGACCGGGUCUUGAUAACCUACGUCGGACGCAAAUCGCAAAGCGCAUCAACGAACGGUGUCGGAAAACCCGUGAAUGCACAUACUGCGGAGCGAUCAAUGGUGUGGUGAAGAAGACUGGAACAAGCGCUCUGAAGAUCACCCACGACAAAUUCCGUGCGUUCAAUGUCUCGGUUUCCGUCAAAAAGCAAACGCCGAUCAGCAAGGAUGUGUUUGAUAACUCUUUCCUCGAGGCAAGAGGCGCAAACCCAGAGGUCGAAAAACACUUCAAAAAGGCGCAGGAUGACAUGAACCCACUUCGCGUUCUUAAGCUAUUCAAGAAAAUGUCUGACUCUGACUGUGAAUUGAUUGGCAUGAAUCCAAAGGAGGCUCGUCCGGAGAUGUUCCUGUGGCAAUUUAUCCCAGCUCCACCAGUUUGUAUUCGACCUUCAGUGGGACAAGAUGGUGCAUCUACAGAAGAUGACUUGACCGCCAAGCUGGGUGACAUUGUGCAGAGCAAUAUCAAUCUCAAGAAUGCCCUGCUUAAGGGCGCUCCAGUUCAGACAAUCAUGGAGUGCUGGGACUACAUGCAGCUUCAAAUUGCUGUCUAUAUCAACAGUGAUGUGCCUGGACUUAACAAAGCUGAUCUCGGAAAGCCAAUCCGAGGCUUCGUCCAACGUUUGAAGGGAAAGCAAGGUCGGUUCCGUGGAAAUCUGUCAGGAAAACGUGUUGAUUUCUCUGGGCGAACUGUCAUUUCACCCGAUCCAAAUUUGCGUGUUGAUGAGGUCGCUGUUCCGGAGCUGGUGGCAAAGAACAUGACUUAUCCCGAACUAGUGACCAGAUACAACAAGGAGAAACUGCAGCAACGGAUUUGCAACGGAAGCAACAAAUGGCCCGGAGCGAACUUGAUUGUCAAGAAAGGAACCGGAUUCAGACAGAUGUUGAAAUACAGUAACACUCAACGGAUGGCUGAUCAGCUGCAAGAAGGCGAUUUGGUUGAGCGUCAUCUCGAAGACGGCGACAUUGUGUUGUUCAAUCGACAGCCUUCUCUCCACAAGCUCAGUAUUCUAUCUCAUUUUGCCAAAAUCCGACCCCAUAGGACUUUCCGAUUGAACGAGUGUGUCUGCAACCCUUACAACGCCGAUUUCGACGGAGAUGAGAUGAACCUUCACGUGCCGCAGACCGAAGAAGCCCGAGCAGAAGCAAUGGAGCUAAUGGGUGUUAAGAACAACUUGGCGACACCCAAAAACGGAGAGCCUAUCAUUUCUGCCAUCCAGGAUUUCAUCAGUGCCGCCUACGUGUUGAGUAGCAAAGACAACUUCUACGAUCGUGCUUCCUUCACCCAGAUUUGUCUCUAUAUGCUUGGCCCUGAAACAAGAUUCGAUCUCCCGCCACCAUCAAUCUUGAAGCCUCAGAUGAUGUGGACUGGCAAACAAGUCUUCAACAUUCUUAUGCACCCCAACUCAUCCGACCCCGUUUUGGUUAACCUGGACGCCGCAUGCCGUGAGUUCAAGAUGCCGAAGGAUGGUCGUCCCAAGGACUUGGACCCCAAUGAUGGCUGGUUGGUCAUCCGUAACUCGGAGGUCAUGUGUGGUGUGAUGGACAAGUCUACGAUUGGUUCUGGAAAGAAAGACAACGUUUUCUACAUUAUGCUGAGAGAUUUCGGCCCACCGGCAGCAGCCGAGGGCAUGAACCGUCUGUCAAAACUGUCCGCCCGGUGGUUCACCAACAUCGGUUUCUCAAUUGGUAUCGGAGAUGUCUACCCUAGUGCAGGGCUCGUUCAGUCGAAAAACGAUCUUGUUGAGGCAGCGUACUCGCAGUGUGACGAAGUCAUUGCUAAAUACAAGGCGGGCACUCUGGAGAAAUAUCCUGGAUGUGACGAAUUGCAGACCAUGGAGAAUCAGAUCUCUGGUAUUCUCAGUAAGGUCCGUCAGCAAGCUGGUGACGAGUGUAUUAGGCAACUGAGCAAGUAUAACUCGCCCCUGAUCAUGGCCACUUCUGGAUCCAAGGGUUCUAGUAUCAACGUGUCCCAGAUGGUUGCCCUUGUCGGUCAACAAAUUAUCGGUGGUCAGCGUGUACAGGAUGGUUUCCAGGAUCGUACCCUACCGCAUUUCCCCAAGAACGCACGACAGCCCCCAUCGAAGGGUUUCGUUCGCAACAGUUUCUUCUCUGGGCUGGAGCCCCCAGAGUUCAUUUUCCACGCUAUGUCCGGUCGUGAAGGUCUGGUCGAUACAGCUGUCAAGACUGCCGAGACUGGUUACAUGUCUCGUCGUCUGAUGAAGUCCCUCGAAGAUCUGUCAUCGAUGUACGAUGACACGGUUCGUAACUCUUCUGCAGCCAUCGUUCAAUUCCAGUAUGGUGACGACAAGUUGGAUCCUGUGGAUAUGGAGGGUAAAGCUAAACCCGUCCACUUCGACCGAACCUUUAUUCACUCAGAAUCUACUACAUACAACAACGACGAGCGAAGCUUGUUGCCGAAUGAAAUGAUGGAAGUUUGCGAACAGAUGCUUUCAAAGGAGCGCGCGAAGUUAAACCGCAAGGACUUGCUCGGCAAUGACCUGGCGUACAUGGACCGCAGUGAUCACGGUAUCGAUCAGUUCGAGAGUGCCCGUGAUUUCCUUGACUCAAUUCAAGAGUACGUGCAAAAGAGAGCCGACAAAUUGAUCUCUCGAGGUGGCGAUAUCGACCCGUCCGACCAGCGGAGCCGUAAGGGCUUGGAUCAUACGGGCAAACUGACGGAUACCACACUGAGGGCUUUCAUCACUGCUUGUCUGCUGAAAUACAAGAAGGCCCAGGUUGAACCCGGCCAUGCUGUGGGUGCCGUUGGUGCCCAGUCCAUUGGUGAGCCCGGAACGCAAAUGACUCUGAAAACUUUCCAUUUCGCUGGUGUUGCCGGAAUGAGUAUCACGCAGGGUGUACCUCGUAUCAAGGAAAUCAUUAACGCCUCAAAGGAGAUCAGUACUCCCGUCGUGGCUUGCGAAUUGGUCAACAAAGAAAGCACCAUUGCUGCCCGCAUUGUGAAGGGGCGCAUUGAGAAGACGUUCCUUAGUGACGUGAUCCACUCUAUUACGGAAGUUUGGUCCCCCGAUGAUGCCUACUUGAAGGUUGUUCUGAACUGGAAAACGAUCGAGGAUUUGGCACUGGAGAUCACGACGCCGCAGAUCGUUGAAGCGAUCAAGACCAACAAGCGCUUCAAAGGAAGCGAUCUCAAAUUCUCGUGCAAGCAAGCCUCAAUCAAGGUCCACAUGGAUCUUGAUCCGGCCAGCAAGGCAUCUCUUUCUAAGACGGAGAUUGCCGCCACGAGCAUUGAUCCCUUCCUCCGCUUGAAGCAUUUGAAGCGUAUCCUUCCUAGCAUCCAAAUCCUGGGCCACCCACGUGCCACCCGAGCUAUCAUUCGCACGGACGAGACCUCAACCACGAACACUUUGCUUGUGGAAGGCUACGGAUUGAGGGAGUGUAUGACUACAAUGGGUGUGGACGGUCGCCGCACCAGGACCAACAACAUUAUGGAGGCGCGAGAUGUUCUGGGUAUUGAAGCCGCUCGAAGCACGAUUGUCGUCGAAAUCAGUGAAGUCAUGAAGGACAUGGACAUUGAUCCUCGUCACAUGCAGCUUCUGGCCGACGUGAUGACCUACAAGGGUGAAGUGCUCGGUAUUACGCGUUUCGGUCUGGCUAAGAUGCGUGACUCGGUGCUUCAGCUUGCUUCGUUCGAGAAGACUGCGGAUCACCUUUUCGACGCCGGUGGUCUCGGUCGCACCGAUCUCAUUGAGGGUGUAUCGGAAUGUAUCAUCAUGGGCAAGACAGUGUCACUGGGUACAGGUGCUAUGGAGGUUGUGCGUAAGCUGAACUUCUACCAAGGCCAGAUUGGUCCACGAAAGACGGUCUUUGAAGAUGCUUGGACUGAAUAUUGUGAGGUGCCUUUGACCAGGAGACCUAAGAGGAAGGUCUGA